UUUGUUUGUUUUUCAAUUUGGUCAAUUUAAUAAUUAAUUUUUCUUGAUUGAUUCGGUGAAAUGGUACCCGAUAUUGCUUUACUGAAAAAUAAACAACAACAAAUUCAAUUGCCAAAUAUCAACUCGGCUACCCCAUCACCCGGAUCGAUCGUAUCGACAUCAUCGCCGGAAUCACCAAGUUCAUCAUCACCAUCAUGUCCAGGACGAUCAGGAUCAACAUCAUCAUUUCCCAGUUCACCAGAAAAUUUUUCAUCACAUCAUUCAAAUACUCAUCAUCAUAAUUCAAAUGAUUAUUCAUUUUAUCAUCAUCAGCAACGUUCACCCCGGCCACCGACAAAUUAUCAUCGAUUAUCAACAAAUAAAUUGCCAGUUUGUUUGGUCAAAAGUCAACUUCUUGAUCGAAUACAAAAUAAUGAAACACUGAUAAUCAUCGGUGAGACUGGAUCUGGUAAAACUACUCAGAUACCUCAAUUUUUAUACGAGCAUCUAUCAUCAUCAAAAUAUCAUCAACCGUCCACAUUAUCAAAUGGCAAUUGUACGUCGUCAAGCAAAGUUAUUAUCGGUAUUACACAACCUCGUCGUGUAGCAGCUGUUUCUGUAGCCCAACGAGUUUCUCAAGAAAUACAAUGUCGAAUAGGUGACCUAGUCGGAUAUAAAAUUCGUUUCGACGAUUGUACUUCAUCUAAUACUCGAAUCAAAUACAUGACUGAUGGUAUAUUAUUACGUGAAGCCAUUCAUGAUCCAUUGCUUUCUAAUUAUCGAGUAAUCAUAUUGGAUGAAGCACACGAAAGAACCGUUCAAAGUGAUCUACUAUUCGGUAUCGUAAAACAGGCCCAACGUUUACGAAGUGGCCAAAAACGUCCACUUGAUGAAGAUUCUGAUUCAUCGAAUGGUGGCCAGCGGCAUUAUGAACCUUUGAAAAUAAUCAUCAUGUCUGCCACGAUGGAUGUUGAUAAUUUUUCCAGAUAUUUUAAUCAAGCACCAGUCAUCUAUAUUGAAGGCCGUGUUUAUCCCAUUGAAAUAUUCUAUACUGAAUCAAAACAUACUGAUUAUGCUACCGCUUGUCUUUCCACUCUGUUUCAGAUCCAUCAAGAAGAAGAUGAAUUGACUUUUGGUGAUGAAUCAACACGACAGAAUAAUGAUUUCAGCCUUAUUGGUGGUGAUAUUCUUGUCUUUUGUACUGGCCAAGAAGAGAUUGAAAGCAUGAUCAAAAUUGUACAAAGUUAUUCUGCUCAAACGAAUAUAAUGAAAACAAGUAAAGGAACUGUGAAAACAUUGAAAGCCUAUCCUCUAUAUUCGGCAUUACCUAAAACUAAACAACAAAGAAUAUUCGAUCGUAAUUUGAAUGAUUGUUUUCGUAGAGUUAUUUUUGCCACAAACAUUGCCGAAACAUCAAUUACAAUACCAAAUAUUCGUUACGUAAUCGAUACCGGAAAAUUUAAAUCAAAAAUUUUUUCACCAAAAACUGGCUUUGAGAUAAUGCGUGUUGAGAACAUUUCGAAAGCACAAGCUUGUCAACGGAGUGGUCGUGCCGGUCGUCUAGCUCCGGGCAAAUGUUAUCGUCUCUAUACUCGGCCAGAAUAUCGAUCAUUUUCACCGUUUCCCAUUCCUGAGAUUCAAAAAUGCAGCAUAUACAGUGUAUUAUUACAAUUAAUUGCAUUGGGUAUCAGCAAUGUUCAAGCAUUCGAUUUUAUUGAUUCACCCUCAAUCGAAAACAUACAAUCAUCGCUCAAGAAAUUGAUGAAAAUGAAAGCUAUUGAAAAAGAGAAUGAUUCGGAUGUUGAUUAUAAACUAACCAAACUUGGACGUACAAUGGUGAAAUUUCCAAUUGAUCCGAGAUACGCUUUACUAUUGAUUGAAGCACAAAAAUUCCGAUGUACCGAAGAAAUUAUCACAAUCAUUUCAAUGCUUUCAGUCGAUAACGUAUUCGAUACAUCGAUGACCAAUGAAAAGGUUAUUGCAAUACAUCGAAAAUUUGCCUCUUCCGAAGGUGAUCUAAUCAAACUAUUAAAUGUAUUUCGUCGAUAUCGAGAAGCACAGCAAAAAAUGACCUGGUGUCAAGAAAACUAUCUUCGCUCAUAUCAAUUGAAACAAGCUGGAGAUAUUCGACAACAAUUAGUCGAUCUUUGUAAACAGGCAUCUAUCGAUUUGGUUAGCACACCAAGCACAGAAACUGUACGUAAAUGUUUGGCCAUUGCAUCCGGUGUUGGUGUUGGUUUAGGUGCAAAUAUUGCCGAAUUUCAACGUGAUGGUGAUUUUCGUACCAUAACAUUUGGACAAAAUGAUCGUCCAUCAAUGACUGUUUUCAUUCAUCCUUCAUCGUGUUUAUUUUCACAAAAACCUGAAUGUGUACUUUUUGUAGAAUUGGUACAAACAAACAAAUCUUAUAUGCGUAAUUUAUGUCUAAUUGAUCGUAAGUGGCUUCUCGAAUAAAAAAAAAGUUAAAUAUUA